AUGGCUGCUUUGCAGAUAGUAGAUGAGUCGAGCGUCAACGACAACGUUUUCAGUUUUGAAUGGUGUAAGGGUACUGAAGUUGUUGUCCCCGACAACUUUCCUGCCGGUUUGAGAGUCCUUGUCGUCGAUGAUGAUAUUACGUGCUUGCGUAUUACUGAGCAGAUUCUUCGCCGUUGCAACUAUUGUGUUACCACCUGCUCACAGGCCGUGGCUGCGUUGACCCUUCUGCGGGAGAAGAAAGGCUGUUUUGAUCUGGUUAUAAGUGAUGUCCAUAUGCCUGAUAUGGACGGGUUUAAACUGCUUGAACAUGUUGGGCUUGAAAUGGACCUUCCUGUUAUUAUGAUGUCUGCUGACGGGAUAACAAGUACGGUCAUGAGCGGAAUUAGACACGGGGCUUGUGAUUACUUGCUUAAGCCUAUCCGUGAGGAAGAACUUAAACAUAUAUGGCAGCAUGUUGUCCGGAAAAAGUUGAACGAAAACAAAGAGCUUGAAAAUUCUGGCAACCUGGAAGAGAACGAUGGCAAUAAGCGAGGAAAUGAUGACUCUAAAUAUACUUGUGCCAAUGAUGGAACAGUUAAAGCUCAGAAAAAAAGGACCAAUACUAAUGAUGAAGGUGAUGCUGAAGUGGAGAACAAAGAUCCAUCCACAGAAAAGAAGCCACGUGUAGUGUGGUCAUUGGAACUCCAUCAGCAAUUUAUUAGUGCUGUUGACCAGAUUGGGAUUGAUAAGGCUGCACCGAAGAAGAUUCUUCAAGUGAUGAAUGUUCCUGGCUUGAGCAGAGAAAAUGUUGCAAGUCAUUUGCAGAAAUAUAGAUUGUAUUUGAAGAGAUUGAAUGGAGUAGCUGAAGAGGGAGGGAUUUCAAGUCCACUUCCUGGUAACAUAGAAUCCAACGUACAACUUGCUUCUCUGGGAAGAUAUAACAUUCAAGCUUUGGCAGCCUCCGGACAACUUCCUCCACAAACAAUAGCUGCACUCCAUGCAGAGCUUUUAGGUCGACCAGCAGGUGACCUAGUUUCGGCACUGGGCCAGCCUCCUCUCUUACAAGCAUCUCUGCAGGGGCCCGAGAAAAACCCUGAAUUAUAUAUUUAA